CUGAAUGCAUGGUUUGGUUGUCACUUGUCACCUUCAGGUGCCUCGGCGACCCAAUAUCAUCAUCCCCUGUCUUUUUUACUAGACCACAACAUAAACCCUAAUUUUCCCAACAUCUCUAUCUCCUCCGAUUACCUCAAAAGUGUUCGAUCUCGGCUCAUCUUUACGAAAGUUCAUCCCUUUUUCAUCUUGAGAAUCUCAGACAUCGAGAGAAGAUGUCAACUCCAGCAAGGAAGAGGCUUAUGAGAGAUUUCAAAAGGUUGCAGCAAGAUCCUCCUGCUGGAAUCAGUGGUGCUCCUCAAGACAACAACAUCUUGCUCUGGAACGCUGUUAUCUUCGGUCCGGAUGAUACACCUUGGGAUGGAGGUACUUUUAAGUUGACCCUUCAGUUUACAGAGGACUAUCCAAACAAACCACCAACUGUUCGUUUUGUUUCUCGGAUGUUUCAUCCUAAUAUCUAUGCAGAUGGGAGCAUUUGUCUUGACAUCUUACAGAACCAAUGGAGUCCUAUUUAUGAUGUUGCAGCUAUCCUUACAUCUAUCCAGUCACUCCUCUGUGAUCCCAACCCGAACUCACCUGCAAACUCAGAAGCUGCCCGCUUAUUCAGUGAGAACAAGCGAGAAUACAACAGACGGGUGAAGGAGAUUGUGGAACAGAGUUGGACCGCUGAUUGAUAUCGGGUAACCAAAUCUUCUGCGCUCGGAUUAUGUAACAUUUGAAGAAGUGAAGGCGAUCAAAACUGGUGAAAAACGAGCGACAUUUAUCAGUUUUCGAAAGUUAGUUGUGUCAUGCCUUCAGUUCAAUAUAUAUGUACUGUAAUGUUUGGAUAAGUGACAUUUAUUUUCUGGAUUGUUCAAUUUGUAUCUGUGUUUGUGUGUCUCUCACCAAUUCAAUAUAGAGUAUGGAUUCUAUAGUUGUUUA